AACAAUGCAGUAUAAUAAUUAGAAGAGGUUAGGAACCAUUUAUUUAUGGAACCAACCUCAAAAAUUUUAAAAAAUGAGACCAGUUUCAUCCACCAAAAAUGCUUUCCUUAAAGUAACGCACGUUAUUUUUGACUUAGAUGGCCUUAUAUUAGAUACUGAAACGAUAUACACACAGGCUACGAAUAAUGUCGUUCAAGUUUAUGGCAAAACGUUCGAUUGGGAAGUGAAAAGCCAAGUUAUGGGGCUAACGGGAGAAGAAGCCGCUCGAAAGCUUGUUAAGUUACUCGAUCUACCAAUCACAUGGAAAGAGUAUUAUUUACUGGCACAGCAACAAUAUCAAUUGUUAAUGCCGAACGCAAAGUUUAUGCCAGGUGCAGAAAAUUUAAUUAAACACCUUUCCCAAAAUAAAGUACCCAUAGCAGUAGCGACGUCGUCUUCUAAGGACAGUGCCAAUUUGAAAACUGCCAAGUAUAAAGAUACAUUUAACCUGUUUAGUCAUAUUGUAACUGGUGGCUCCGAUCCUGAAGUUAAGCAUGGCAAACCCAGUCCCGACAUCUUUCUAGUUUGCGCCUCGAGAUUUGCGGAUUCACCCGAUCCUCAAAAGUGCCUAGUCUUUGAAGAUGCACCUAAUGGUGUAUUGGCAGCAACCGAAGCAGGAAUGCAAUGUGUCAUGGUACCUGAUGAACACAUAACCACUGAGCAAACACGACAAGCUACGCAAGUGUUAAAGUCUCUAACUGAUGUGAAAUUAGAAUUAUUCGGUUUACCACCGUUAAAAUAAAUAGCUAAUUGUAGUAGAUAAUUAUCCACUUAGUUACCAAAAUGUAAUGACUACAAAGAAGUAAAUAGCAAAUUUUAUUUUAA